AUGGACCUUUCACCUUGACACUUUACACUAUAUAUACGCAUAUUUUCACGCAAUAUUCGCCGCAUCGCUUUUUCGCGACGUUAAGACGUUAAAAUAUAUAUAAAAAAUUUGAUCAUUUAAAAAGAAUAAUAAUCAUGUUUUUCAUUAAAGUGGUAUUUAUUGCAUUAUAUUGUCUGCAUCAAGCGGACAGUUUUAAGGUAAAAUUUAAUACGGUUUCGACGAUUUAUUUACCGUAUACAUAUACACCGACGCCACAAUUCGCACUGGACAAGGACGCCGCGGAACAAAUGGCAUAUGAUACAACAGAAAAAAUUAUCUACUCAAUAGGAAAUACCAACAUUCAUGUCAUUGACAUAAGUAAUGUACACCAUCCAACAAUAUUGUUACAUCAGUCAUACGACCAUGUUGACGCUACAGAUGUUGAAGUUUGUGGUGACCACGUGUUUAUUGCUUUUGAUAAUAGAACGGUCCGUGAAGAAGGUUUUAUUGAUGUUUAUAAAGUGUACAAUAAGACGUCCGGAUCCCUUGAUCUGGUCCACCGCAUCAUCGUUGGUGAUAUCCCUGAUAUGAUCCACCCGACCAAAGACUGCAGAAAAGUUAUUGUUGCCGUAGAAGCGGAACCAUACAUUGACACUGCCAACAGUAAACUUGUAGAUAACCCCGGUGGUGUAGGUGUCAUCACUUUUACUGAUAGUAACCUUGGUGGAUAUACUUACAAAGUUGUCGAUUUUGGAACAUUCAAUUCCAGAUUCGCCGAUUUAGAACAGACAGGUGUACGAUGGGUAUACAGGGAGAACGGCAACACAUUUGCGAACGAUAUUGAACCUGAAUACAUUACCUUCAAUUCUGAUGAAACUAAAGCUUACAUCUGUCUGCAGGAAAACAAUGCAAUUGCGGUUUUUGAUAUGCAAACUGAACAAAUAGAAGAUAUUCGUGGUCUUGGUUACAAGAACUGGAAUGACUUUACGCUAGAUGUCAGCGACAAAGACGGAGGUAUUCACAUGAGAGAAUGGCCUGUAUAUGGCAUUUAUCAGCCUGAUGCAAUAAAAUUUUAUUCACAUCACGGUGUGGAAUAUCUUAUUAUGAGCAAUGAAGGUGAUUCCAAGGAUUACGCUCCUUACUUUGAAGAGUCAGUUCGAGUUAAAGAUAUCGAUUUAUCGUCAGUGUUUGAGAGCAAUGCAACUGUAAGACUUCAAAUGCAAGAAUCGUCUCAAUUAGGGCGUUUGCACGUAUCAUCUGUUAACGGGAAGAAUUCGACGACAGGCAAAUAUGACCAGUUAUUUACAUUUGGAGGUAGAAGUUUCUCAAUCAGACGUGCAGAUACUAUGGAGCUCGUGUAUGACAGCGGUAUUGAAAUAGCUCACAAAACGGCCUUACUACAGCCUAAUCUAUUCAACAAUGAUUACAGUGAAGGAAAAACUGUAACAAGAUCUGCAGACAGCAGGUCAGAUAACAAAGGUCCGGAGACUGAAAGUAUAACAGUGGGUCAUUUUGGAGACACUACGUUGCUGCUGAUUGGAAAUGAAAGGCCUGGAACAAUUGCAGUAUACACAAUAGACGAACGUCUGUCUGAAAUAGCUCCAACAUUUGUUACGUUUCUUACCGGAAUCAACAAGUUUGAUGACACCUGGGAAAAUAUGUAUGACAGGAGGGAAAUAAGCAUGCUUGAUCCUGAAGAUAUCAAAUUUGUCCAGAGUGUUGACAGUCCAAGUGGGAAGCCUCUUUUGUUGGUCAGUGGAAGUACUAGUGGUACGGUGUCUAUUAUAGAAGUUAAUGUUGAUGUAUCCCAACACCAAGCUAAUGAUCCUGCCUUUGACGUAUUCCAAUAGUGUAAACUACAGAAGUUUCUUCGACUUUCAUAUUAUUGGGGACAAGAUACAACCAGAUGAUUCUUUGAUGCUGACAAAUUGUUUCCUGACGAAAAUGGUCGCCAUUAAAAAAAUGUUGUUACUGUUUUGAAACGAAUCCUUACAAACAGCGAUGAAACAGUUUUGACUUAUUAUCUAAAUGUUAAAAUGUAUAUAAAUUGACUGCAAUAUAAUUAUUAAGAAGGAAGAGUUAAAAAUGACAAUCAAUAAUCUCAAAACGGAGUCAUGAAAAUAUAAAUUAUGAAAUAUGUUAUGUUAGUAACUUACAUGAACCUUAUGUCAUAUAAUAUUGCAAAUGUGUCAUAUAUUAUGAUGGUAGAUUACAUGUGUUCUAUUUUAUGAUGAAAAAUAACAUGUUUUCUUUGUUGUGAUACUAAAACGCAUGUGUUAUAUGUUACGAUAAUAAAACUAUCUCUUAUUAUAUAGGCGCUAGUAGUAUUUUUUCUGUUUUGCUUUGCUAAAAUUGUUUAUUAUAGAUUUGUAAUAUAAAUUCUUUCUGUUGAGAUAUAAUAUCUCAAUUUGUUUUUGUUGCUUACAUGUGUA